AUGAUAGCAAAGCGAAGUCGCCCCUUCAAUGAUAGGGAUUUUGUAAAAGAAUGCAUAGAAAUUGCAGCUAAGAAAAUGUGCCCAGAAGCAGCAAAAAAAUUUGAGAAAAUUCAACUGAAUCGUAUGACUAUCCAAAGACGAAUUAUAUCUUUGUCAGCACUCGACGAAUCCACUGAUAUUAGUUCCACAGCUCAACUUCUCAUAUUCAUACGAGGUGUUACUUAA